UCUAUAAAUACAAAUGGAAAUCUUAGGUUUGCUUACAGACAAGUGUGUGUAAUUGAAGGAAAGAAAUAGAAAAGAGUCCUAAAAUGUCGAAUGUUUUGAAAGAACCUCGGAUUGUGGUCAAAAAGUUUCUGGCUAGGCCUCAGCAUGAAGGUGUUGGAGCCAUUGUCAGACGAAGCAUAGGAAGGUUUGAACUCAAAUACUUUGAUCCUUUCCUCGUGCUGGAUGAAUUCUCUGUUUCUGCACCUGCUGGGUUUCCUGAUCAUCCACACAGAGGGUUUGAAACAGUCACCUACAUGUUGCAGGGUGCUGUAACACAUGAAGAUUUUGAGGGACAUAAGGGGACAAUAGGAGUAGGUGAUUUGCAAUGGAUGACUGCUGGAAGAGGGAUUCUUCAUUCAGAAAUGCCUGCAGCGCAGGGAACUCAAAAGGGCUUACAGUUGUGGAUCAACCUCUCCUCCAAAUAUAAAAUGAUUGAGCCAAGGUAUCAAGAAAUAGCAAGCAAGGACAUAGCAGAAGCUUCAAAAGAUGGUGUCAAUGUCAGAGUCAUAGCAGGGGAGGCCUUAGGAACCAAGUCACCUAUAUACACAAGAACACCCACCAUGUAUUUGGACUUCACUCUCAACCCUGGAACCCAUUUGGAGCAACCAAUACCUGUUUCUUGGAAUGCCUUUGUGUAUGUCUUGGAAGGUGAGGGGGUGUUUGGUAACUUAAAAUCAUUGGCUGUGACAUCUCACCAUCUUCUUCUUCUGGGCACCGGGGAUGGGCUUGAGGCUUGGAACAAGUCAUCGAAACCGCUUCGAUUUAUUCUGGUUGGGGGUGAACCGUUAGGUGAACCGGUGAUGCAGUUGGGUCCAUUUGUAAUGAACACUCAAGAAGAGAUUGAUUAGACUAUUGAAGAUUAUGAGAGUUAUAUCAAUGGGUUUGAGAAAGCGAGGCAUUGGAGAUCUGAAGCUAUUCUUAGCGUAGAUCAUUAAAUUGUGUUUGAAUCUUGGAUGUGUUUGAGAGGUAUUUGCAAAGGAAAAAUGAAUGGAAAAAUAAAUGAAAUAUAAUUUUUUUCUUUUUA